GCUGUUUGCCCUUUCCCAUUGUUACCGUCAGCUAAUACGGCGGGUGUAUUGUGUGCAAGUGUGUGGUUCCAUGCAAGCUGUUCACACGGAUUUUUUCCCCCCCUCCAGAUCCUCCUGUGCUUUUAUCAGGUUUAUAUCGCUGUUUUCUUGUGAAAGUCAAGGUCUGGAUUCGAUUUCGCUCCUUCCGUUUAUGUGGCCUAGAUUAGCAAGCAUCGUUGUGAGAGUGUUGAGUUGAAGGAAAUUGCCUCGGUUUUGAGCGAGCCUCUCUUUCUCGCGCACACACCAACUUGACCCCGCCAGCUUUUCAUGAUGGCCGCUGGUGCAAGCCGCUUUGUGAUGGUGGUCGCUUUCGUCGGCUCGUAAGGAUGUUCUAGCUGUUUCGUUUUCGUCGAUUUGGAUGUACUUCGCUAGGUGUGAAAGUGAGGAUUUACCACUGCCUUCGAUUUUACCACGUCGUUUAUCAUGUAUCCAAACAGACACCCGGGCCCACCUCAGCCUGGACAGCCAUUCAAGUUCACGGUUGCCGAGUCGUGUGAUAGGAUCAAGGAAGAAUUCAGUUUUCUUCAGGCCCAGUACCACAGCUUGAAGAUGGAAUGUGAGAAACUGGCACAAGAGAAAACAGAGAUGCAGAGGCAUUAUGUCAUGUAUUAUGAGAUGUCUUAUGGGCUGAAUGUUGAGAUGCACAAACAGACGGAAAUUGCAAAACGACUGAAUGCAAUUUGUGCACAAGUCAUACCAUUCCUGUCACAAGAGCACCAGCAACAAGUUGCAGCAGCAGUUGAACGAGCAAAGCAAGUGACAAUGCAGGAGCUUAAUGCAAUUAUUGGGGUUGCUUUCAGUAAUGUCGGAGAUCCCCACUCAGCAGGCAUAAUGACUUUUCAGCAACAGAUGCAAGCCCAGCACUUGCCUCACCAUCCCCAUGGACCCCCCAUUCCCCUGACACCCCAUCCUGCUGGUCUGCAGCCACCCAUCUCAGUUGCUGGUGGAUCUGGUUUCCUGUCAGCAUUUCCAGCCGGUUUCCCAGGAAUCCCACCUCAUCUGACAGCACUAAAAGAAGAAAAAGAAGAAAAACAUAGACGGUCUGCAUCUCCAAACGACCGAGACAAGUACAGACAUCGUAGUCACUCACCGGAGGUGAAUGAAUCAGUAAAGAAAAGGCGACCAGAUCCAAAAGGGGCGGACAGUGAUGGCGAAAAAAGCGAUGUUGAUUUGGUUGUUGAUGUUGGAGAUGACACAACAUCUCCACUUAAUGGAAAUCUGUCACCAAGAGAUAAGCACAACCAUAAAGAUGGACACAAGAAAGAAGACCGCAUGAGUCCACGAAGUGAUGCAUCUUCCCAUGGAAGUGCUUCUUCAUCAAAACCAAAAGAGCAUGAAAAGGCUGCCACACCAGCUUCUAAACCCAACACUCCUACAAGUUCUGGCAGUGCCACCCCAGGACCAUCUGGUGUCAAACAUGCCUACCCUUUGUAUCCGCAUCCCACUCAUGCAGGUCUUAAUUCAUCAGAGCUCAGUCCUGGACACGGUGCCCCUGGCAACCUUACCAAUGGAAUUGGGCCCAAUACCCUGGCUGGUUACCCGCGUGCACCUAUGGUUGGCUUUGAUACCAACAUUUCUGGUGGAAAACCAGCAUACUCGUUCCACGUUGGUGCUGAAGGACAGAUGCAGCCUGUUCCCUUUCCUCCUGAUGCACUGAUUGGUCCAGGGAUUCCUCGCCAUGCACGUCAGAUCAACACGUUGAACCAUGGAGAAGUUGUUUGUGCUGUCACCAUCAGUAAUCCUACCCGUCAUGUCUACACAGGAGGAAAGGGUUGUGUGAAGGUUUGGGACAUCAGUCAGCCUGGGAAUAAAAGCCCAAUUUCUCAGCUUGACUGCCUGCAAAGGGACAACUACAUUCGAUCUAUCAAGCUUUUGCAAGAUGGGCGGACAUUGAUAGUUGGUGGUGAGGCCAGCACUCUGUCUAUCUGGGAUCUAGCAACGCCGACUCCUCGCAUAAAAGCAGAACUGACAUCUAGUGCCCCAGCUUGCUAUGCUCUUGCAAUCAGUCCAGAUGGCAAAGUAUGCUUCAGCUGCUGUAGUGAUGGUAACAUUGCAGUUUGGGAUCUCCACAACCAAACACUGGUCAGACAAUUCCAAGGUCAUACAGAUGGCGCUAGCUGUAUAGAUAUUUCACCUGAUGGAACCAAGUUAUGGACAGGUGGCUUGGACAAUACAGUGCGUUCUUGGGACCUACGUGAGGGGAGACAACUCCAACAACACGACUUUACGUCACAAAUAUUCUCACUUGGCUAUUGUCCUACAGGAGAAUGGCUGGCUGUUGGCAUGGAGAGCAGCAACGUUGAGGUUUUGCACCACUCCAAACCUGACAAAUAUCAGCUCCAUCUUCAUGAAAGCUGUGUUCUGUCCCUCAAGUUUGCCUACUGUGGCAAGUGGUUUGUCUCCACUGGCAAAGAUAACUUGCUGAAUGCUUGGCGCACACCUUAUGGGGCUAGCAUUUUCCAGUCAAAGGAGUCGUCGUCAGUUUUGAGCUGCGAUAUUGCUGCAGAUGACAAAUACAUUGUAACAGGCUCAGGGGACAAGAAAGCAACGCUAUAUGAAGUGAUCUUCUGAUGGCUGAGGUCUGAUUAAAUACUUUGAAAAGAUUAUCUUGGAUUCUUCUGCUCAAAUUCUUGAGGAAUUCAGGAGCUUUUUGAUGAGCUCUGAUAAAAGCAUCACAGACUGAAAUUGCAGAAAGUGGCAUAUCAUCAUGCUAACAUGGUUGGAAUUUUCUGUGAAGAAAACAUACUUACCUAGCUCAGAUUCAUGAUUUCUUCUCCAUCUGAUCUGUGUUGAGGUUUGCAGAUGUCUUGAUGUUGGAAAGUUAACAGCAAUUUUGAUGUGAUGGUUUCUUGCAAGCAUCAAACAAUAAUGUUAAGCCAAGAUUCUCACACCAUGUUUGAACAUGUUAGCUUCAUUCUUCAACUAAUUUUUGGAUUGGAUUUAUCAUUUCUUCAGUGUCAGUCUGCUUGCACAUGCCAGCAACAAGUGUAAUGAUUAAUGCGAAAAAGAUUUUGGAAAACAGAAGUUACAAUUUUUAAGCAACUACAUCCUGGAAGUGAUAAAAGGCAUCUAGUGUCCACGUUUACAUGGUAAUUUUCAUAUUUUGUGCUCUUGUACUGAUUGCUUACUCAGACUGCACACAAACUUGUAACAGUGUGGAAUAAAUGAAAGGAGUUCUGAGUGUGUAACAAUGUCUUUGCAGCUGUGUGAUGUACUAUAGGACAGCUGUAUUAAGCAUUUUCCUGUUGUGCUUAGUAACAAGGAGAAAAACUCCGAAACCAAGAGUUUGACUUUUUGGAGCUUGAAAAAAUAUUCUGGAACUAAUGUUUUGUCUCCAUUUUGUGGCAAAAACAAAGUAAGAAAUGUUUUAGAUUCCCUGCCAUUAUCAAGUGCUGGGCUGAUUUUUGAGAAUGUUUCAUCUUAUACACCAGCCAUUCUGGGACUCCACUACACCUAUGCUCGAUUAUGGACCUGAAAAGAAUGGCUAUGUUGCAUGUGAAGGAUUUUUUUGUGUGCAUGAAAACACCAAAUGAAAGAUGGGGGUGGGGGAGAGGGAACGAUUUUAGAUUGUUUUUUUUCUUCUGUUUUAUGUGUUAAGUUUUAUCUGUAAUUUUUUUUUUCUUUUUACAGUUAUAAAGGGGAGAUCUUUUUGUUCACACUCUCGUUUGUUGCUUUUUAGAACACAUGGAGGGUAUGGGAGAGAGGUUAACAUUUGGGAAGUACCAUCAGUGUAAAACAAUUUGAAUUUUAACCCAUGUCCUUAGCACUGUGAGAAGAUGUUUUGAAAACUAUUUUUUAGGGAAACUUCAGUUGCACAUCUUCCAUUAGUUACUAGGGAUUUUUUCAUUGGUCUUAUUUGUCCAAAAUAUUGCCUUACUCCUUUAAUUUCUGGGUGAGAUAAAACCUUAAACUUUCAAUUUAAGGAGUGUCGCACAUGGGAGAAAAUGUGAAUCAAGUUAGCUACACAUUUCUGGCCAAGACAACAGGAAGUAAAGAUGGAGGAUGUCCAGGAUAAAUGUUAAUCAUAAUGUCAUUUUCUUGCCACAUUUCCUUCUUAAGUACCUCAACCAUGAGGAGUGUUUUUGGAUUUUGCAUUGUGUGUGUCAGUGAGUAUCUGUAUGCAUGUGUGGGUGUUUUAAACUUGUUUUCUACUCAUAUACCAUUGUUUCAUAUCGCAACAAAGAUUUCCUUUGCCCAACAUGCUUUCCAGUAAGAGGAGUGGACCCAUCUCUGCAGGCUAGUCACCUGCUGGUCAAAGGAAUGAUUGAUUUUCAUUUUAUCAUGUUUAAAUCUGGCUAACAAUUUCUUGGUAAGAUAGUUCUCUGAUUUAAUGAUUUUGAGUUGUUUUACGGAAGGUGAUAUGGUGGUGCAAGAUGAAAGAAGUAAGAAUGCGAGGCACGGGCUAUAUAUAUAGAAUGAGUUGCUGUGGUUUCUAGACAGUAGAGAAGUGAAGUUUAGUGUUUGCUGUUUCCCUGUAUCUUUUAUUUUGUAUUCCUUUGCAUCCAUGUUUAAAAAAAAAAAAUCAGGAUGUUUUCACGCAGAAUUCAAUAUUGGAUUGUGUGCAGGCACCAUGCAUGUGGACCAUGUGUGUGUGUUUAAGUGUACUUGCUUAUGUUUCCGAUAAUGAUCAAGACAUCUUCAGAUAGGAGGACAAAAAUAAAAUGUGAAAUAGAGAUGACAAAAGUGAUGCCUGAAGAUGUAAUAAAAGACAGAGAAGAACUGCACUUAAGACUGCAAAAAAAAAAUGGUCACCCUCUGGUGUAUUUUAUUGAGCAGCAUAAUUACAGAACAUGAAGAAGGGAUUCCAUUACAUAUACCACCAUCAGAAAGGCAUUUCAUGCUUUGUGCAUCAGUACAGCAAAAUCUGAGAGCAGAUUUACUGUCUUGUGAAGGACUUGGCUCAAGGUUAUCUACCAUAUAUGCUUGAUGUGCAGCGUUGCCACUAUUACUUGGACAUGGCAGAUCCUUACAUCUGGGAAGUUUUCUUUGUGUCCUCCUUUGCCUAUUUCCUAUUUUGUUCACUUACAUAGCUAGUGUGAUGUGCAGCUCAUUGGUGGCUUCUUCACCUCAUCAUUGGCUUCAUGAGAGAAGCCAUGCCCACUGUCCUGACAAUUCAUGUGGCAGCAUAUGUACUGUGUAGAUUUUGUAUUCUGUGGUAGUAUUUUGUUGCCAUGUACAAAGAAGCUGCCACAGAGAAUGGAAUAUUCAGCACUACUGGAUUACAUACCUGUAACUACUAUGAACAGCAGUGCGUGCACAUAUGUGCGAGUUUGUGUAUGUGCGCAUAUGUGUGCACGUGUGUGUGUUUGUGUGUGUGCAUUCAUGCUUGUCAAAUGGAAUCUUGGGUGUGUUCUUUUUCUGCCUUGGAAUGUCAAUUACAUCAUUUGGAAAAUACUGAAAUUGUUCUAACCUUUCUCAGGCAAAGUAACAAAAAAAAAAAAAAAGUCAAGCUUAGAAAAAGGAAAAAAAAAAGUAUUCAUCUCUAAAGUAUAGGAAGACAAAAAUAGUCGUACAUAGUGUGUGGAAGGAUGGGUGAGUGUGUGGGUGUUGUGAACAUUUGUUUUUUUUAACAUUUCUAUCUGCAUAUUUUCUUUUUUGUGAUUUAUCUGACAUUGGCAUUGGGAUGAAACGUGUCAGCUUCCAAUGUGGUAGUGAGUGUGUUUUGCUUAUAAUACCAUUCUUCUCUACCUCCUUCUGUCUGGCAUUCAUUUCUGUGGACGUUUCACUGGAUUCUUUCUGAUCUUUUGUACUUAACUAGGGAGCAUUUCUUCGAAAUUUGUUCUGAAUGCAAACAUUUUUGCUGUGUCAGCAGUAAACAAACCAUGAACUUUCAGGCACAAAUAAUUUCAUUUAAACUGUGGCAGUAGCAGAAUGAGGAUAUCUUUGUGCAUGAAAUAAAAACAAGAGAUCUCAAGAUGCACAAAUAAUGCUGAAGGAAGGAAUAGUUUUAUCAGUUAUAAGACUGCUGCAGUAAUCUGCCUGUUUAAAGCACUGCUACCUGCCGUCUUCAUUUUGCUUGAAUUGUCUUAGUCUCAUUGCUCUAUUUGUUUCCGUUGUCCAGUUAUUUUCCUGCCUGCUUGUCUCCUCCUUUCUCCUCCCUUUCUUUCUCUCAGAACUUUGAUCAUGUCAGAUUAUUUGAGAGACAUUUUAGUAUUUUGUGAUAAUUAUAUCCAGAAUAGGCAAAGGGGUUAACUGUAAAGCAUUCACAGGUCACACAUUUGUGUUGAACAGUAUCAUAAGGUCUUCUACUCCUCCUGAGUUUUCUUUUUACUAUGUAUAUUAAAGAUACUAUAAGUAAUAGACAUUUGGAAAUGUGUUUAAAAUUGAUGGAACUACUUUAGUUUAACAAAGCAGAUCUGUAGGAAAUAAACGAAACAAUGACAUAACAAAUGAAACAAACAUUUUUGCAAGCCCCUUUGGUUGUGUAGGUAGUAAAUGCAUACAGGUGUCCUAAACAUAGAAUGGUUCAGAUGACACCCUUUUUACGGCAUUCUAGUUGUUUUUAAACAAAAAAAUAUUUUUUAAUAUAAGUUUACAAGGGACUUUACUGUGUGAGUGUACUGAAGGGUUUGUUACCUGUGGAAGGACGAUUAACAUAAGAGUUAAGUGACGCGUGUCAGUAAGCUGCCUACUGUAUGUACAGUUCCUGCAAGAGUUUGUUUCAAGUUGGUUGUAUAUUCAGGCCUGUGUGAGAUGGCACAGCAGGACCGAUAGGUCAACGUUAGCGAUGACCCUACCUGGUGCUGUUAUGGUUCUCCAUCUCUUCCCCACCUCCCCCAAAAUCAUUCUCAACCAUCGCCACCUCCCUUACAUCUAUAAUCCACCACCCAUCCUCGUCCUCCACUACUCUAUACUCUUUCGUUGGUUCCACCCCCUCUCCCCCUUAAACCUUUGGGUUGUCGUAUCAGUGGCUUCAGGUCACGUGACCGUCAAGUGUUACAUGAGCCCAUGUCAUACCCAGGUCAUUGUUUCGUCAAAUGAUCUAUCCGCGUGACUGCUCGUCUAGGAUUUUCCCCCCUCGUGUUCAUUGUCUGUACCAGUAGAAAGAACAAAUAAAACACCUGGUCAGUUACGA